AUGUUUCUACUAUCGUCCGCGGCCUCGAUGCAUGGCCAUGAGUUUAGUCCCCCUCAAGAAAGUAAUGACAUACCAAGAAGAAGCCCAUUACCCCGAAGAAAUACGACUUACGCCGAAUCUAUAUUACUCAAGUCAAAACCCCGACUUGGGCGACCCUUGUCAGAACAGUUACAUCGAAGUAGUGAACCCGUCGUGCGUUUUCAGGAACCAGAGUCGGACGCAAUGAGCGAUGAUGGCAGAUCCGUGGCCAAUUCCGAAAUCACCGUGUCGUCGACCGUCGAUGGAAGAAAGAGAAGGAGAAGAUCCAUCCGAACCAGCACUGCCUUUCAGUUGGCUCAUCCAGCACCUACGUUAACGCAGAAGCAACGGCUCCUGCAAAUCCGUCCAAAAUUACUAUUCCAAAUACAGCGACUUUCAGCAGAUGCUAGGCCCAUACCCACUAUCGAUGUAGUUCCUUCCACUGUAGUCGUCCCGCGACUGAUCAAGAAGUUUCCGAGAAUGUUCAGAGGAAAGGGAACGCUGGGCGCAAAUGACGUUAUGUUGUUGAGGAGUGAAGAGUAUAGUACGCCGGAUACACGCAGUGUGGAUGAAGUCGAAUCGGAUGAUGAAGGACUCGCGAACCGAGAGCUGGUAGCUGUCAUUUGUGCCUUGGAUAGAGGUCAUGGUGGAUCUUCUGGGAAAGCCGAGAUAGUGUUAAACGAUGGAUCGGUCUGGGAAGCCACACCAAUGACCAACAAUCUCUAUGAGUUUGUUCAUACCGAUGCAAACGGCAACCGAACGACGGCUCGCUGGGUGAAAAGAAAUGGAGCUCGCAAGAGUGUAGAUUUAACCGAAGCAGCCAUCAACAGUACGAACAGCGAUGAUUUUAGAUUUACCUUUAGCAUCAUAAAUCCUCUUUCACGUCGGCACCCGAUCAUGGCGAGUCUAACGCCGAGCAAGCUUGAUAUACCCGACACUUAUAUGUCAGUAUCGUCUUCAUCGGCCAAUGCUCCUCCAACAUCAUCGAGCAGACACUUCCCCGACGAAGUCUCAACAACGACUGAUGAAGAGACUACGACGGAUCGGGUCACUUGUAUGGUUGACGAAAAUCUUCGAAAUCUUAUUCAAGUAACAGGGGUAUGGGUUGCUCUUCGUCGAGGAUUAUCGCCAUACUUCAAAUACAACGACCCACUCGCAUCUAUAUGCAGCCCGUCUUCUACUAGCUUACGAGGUUGUGGCCGAGCCAGGUCAAUGUCUUUGACUCCCGAGACAUUCCAGACGAGUCCUGCAAUGAGUCUCGCAGGCACUUUAGACUCUAAGACGAGCCUGGGGGCUCUUGGUGGUAAACUUCGACGAAGUUCAGUAAGAGCUAGUCCGGCAAGCGGUGCGUCGUCUCCGAUCGAAAGAGAUUCAAUGCCAAAAAGAUCGAUAUCUACAGGCAGUGCAUUCAUGCAACGUGCAGCAGCAAGAAAGGUCAAUGGUAACACCCACAGCACCGUGGUCAGCGACAGUGAGGGCGAAAACUCAUUUGGGCCACCAAAGCGAGCUAUGACGGACGGCUAUAUAUCAUCAAAGUCGUCAUUCUCAAACCACAAUGGCCAGCUGCAUUUACCUGGCUCGAGUUCCGCCACUCCACCAGACACCCCGACCAAGCCAAGACGUCAGGUUCAGUCUGCUUAUAUACCUACGAGCGCUCUUCAGCACAGUUACACCAAUGGGCAAUUUGAGAGACACAGCAUGGAUGCCGCUGAUAACACGGUCGUUGCAGCUGCAGCUCCGCAGAAAACGAAACCUGGUAAAUGGAAAUCAUUUACGAAUCUUUUCAAACGCUCCCGUCGACACGCUGUUUGA